AUGUCUGCAGCCCAGCGUGGUCUGCUCAACGAUGACUACGAUGAGACGUUCACCGACGACAGGGCCAUGAAUGAGCCUGAUUCUGACGGCAACUUCACAGACCCGAUGUCAGACACUGACAGACCCGAUGUUCGUCCGACAAAGAAGCAGCGCCUAGGAGUCACGACCCAAACAAAGGUGCCAGUCACGAAGGGCAAAAAGGUUGCGGAGGCAAAACGAGUCACUCGAAACCGAAUCCCAAUGUUCUACAGAAGCGACAAGCACAAUUACUUCACAGCAGCAUGGUGGAAUGAAGUCUCGCGCAAGGAUGAAUUCUGGAAAGACUUCGAAAAGAAGGUCCCGGAGUCAGUCCUUCGAUCCCGUCUACAAAUCAGGAUCAACACUGGCAUCCCAGCACCGCAAAGUCCUAUCAAGCACCAGGUCGUUGCACCAGCGAAAAGUCGAAGCAAUUACACAGACCUCGGAGCUGAGCAGGAGGAGGCAGAGGAUGAGCAUGAAGAAUCGCCCACUGAACGGACGUUGAGGUCAUCCGCGAGGGAACCACAGCCAGCACCGGCAGCUGUCAUAGGUCCAUCUGGCCCUAUGAAGCUGGAACGCAGAACGUCCUCGACAGUCAUGGACUUCCCAGCAGAGGAGUCAAAGACCAGGUCUGUGGCAGGCGCCGUCAAUAACGACAUAGGUGAGAUGGUUGCUCGAGCAUUUCUCUCGCCCAAUGCAUUGAAACCGAUCGGGAAAGGUCAGUCAGUCAAACAAGAACCUGGUGAUAUCAAGAAGGAAGAAUCCCACGACAAAGCAGACUUCAGCCCGUCACCCUGGUACCUCGUUUAUCAUCAAGGAAAGCCACACAUCAUCAAGGAGACGGACAUCUACACUGCCAAGCUAGACGGAUGUCCACAAGAUCUCGUCGACAUUGAAGGAAUGCCUGUCAUGGUCGACCGAGCCCGACUAGUGCCAGCAGACGUAGCGUUGCUUGCGAUGCAACGAUGGGCCGCCGGAGAAGAGCACGUCGGCGGCGGCCGCAGGAUCAAACGUGAGAGGCAUGAUCCGGACUUGGACGGUAAGCCGGUCGUGGUAGACGACUCUGAUGACUGA